AUGCUCAAAAUAUACAAGGAGACCAAGGUCGACUUCCGACCAACGGCGCCAUCCUCGAUCAUCAACAUCCCCAUCCCAUCCUCCUCGCAAGGCCUCAGCAAUCCGCCACAUCGACGUACGAAAUUUUCCCUCUUACCUUCUAUUACUCCUUCUUCGCACCUCGACUACGUGGCAAAGGAUGAAAACGCUUUCGCAAAGCGCUACCUAGCCACCCAGGGCUCAGUCUAUUUUCGCCAGCGAAAAACAUACCCACGCAGCUUCCUCUGGCGAGUUGUGGGCGGUGACGAGGAUGGUGAUGAUGAUCGAUUUCUCGAGAUACGGCCUGUGGACUUGACCAAGGGCGGGAAUGAAGUGACGACGUCAACGACGGCGAACAACCAUCUACAGGAGGUGAAUCUGUUACUCCGGCUCGAGUUUCAGGAAAGGAUAACACCGCAUGGCGUUGCAAUGGCUGAUUCGGAGGGGCAUGAGGUGCUGAGUUUGUUUGUGGUUACGAGGGAUAGGCAGUUGUAUACGAUUAGUUUGCGGCCGGAGUUCUUUCGACGGGUUGCGGCGAUUGAUGAGAAUGUGGCCGAUUGGUGUAAAAUGAGCUGUCCGGCGCCGUUGUCUUUUGCGCAUCCCCAUCGCUUGCAUGCGAGUAACCCUCAGGAGUUGUUCAUUUCGCUGGAUAGCGGGGCGUUGUUAAGGUUGACGAGGAAGGUGGGAGAUGACGGAUCUCACUGGUCUACGAUCACUUUUGAUGAAAAACCUUGGGGUUCCUCAUUUCGCGGCCUUGUUAAAUGGAAUGGUCACCAGCAGAUACGUUACGAUGGGCGAGCAUUGGAUCCGACUACUUCGAAUGCUAUUGCUACAACCUCUGACCAGACUUUUGUGUUCGUUGUGGGUCUCAACCAUACACUGAAGAUUUGGAAUUUAGCAAGCCAUAAACUGGUUGCAUCGAGGGAUCUGCUAAAUCGGACGGCUGAGCAACAAGACGCCGCUCCGACGACACUAAAUCCCACCGAGUCCGCCUUUCUUCGUGUGUUUAAUGCUGAGAGGGCUAUGGACGGUGAAGCAUAUUACGCUGUCACAUACUCGCCUCUGGAUGAUGGGCAGUUCAAGUUCUGGGCUGUGAAGGGUGCGUUGACAUCGGACCUGGAGGUGGAGGACCUUUUCCCCGAUUGUAGAUUCAAACCUGCAGAUCCAGACCCUUCUGGCAGCGUGUUUUGGAAUAUUGCAGAUUUUCAAAUAAAGUCGAUGGAAGAAGGAAGACAUAUGGUCCUCUGGGUGCUUUGGAGGAAUAACAGCCUCUAUCAGAUUUACAGCCUCCAUUUUGAUCUGGAUAAUCUGGAAUCUGCAUGGCGCCACAAUUGGACAGGAAUGGCAUUGGAGACUACGGGCGAAGAACUUCCACCAAGUUUCCUAUCGUCUGACAUUGCUGAUCCCACAGAGAAGUGGCUGGAGUAUCUUUUCUUUCCUGGGAAAUACUCGCGUGAAGUCCUUGCGACUUCUCUUGCUAUCUAUCAGGAUGCUAUGAAGAUAAAGCCGGCAAGUGGCUUUAACAAAAAAUCUAUCCCUCUCCAACAGCAGCUCUGUUAUACAAUUUUGGAAUCGGUUUCUUUGCGAAAAUUCAGCGAAGCUGGGGUAGACUAUUCGAAAUACAGACGGGAAACGGAUACCAAAUGGCGACAGUUCUGGCAGAUAGCGGAUGAUCUUAAUAGAAGGCGAAGAGAGGCGAUCUCCCUUAGCUAUGAUGCGUUUACUGAUCUUCCAUGGCUGCUUUUCUCGGAUGGAUGCUGUCUUAUUCGCGAAUGUAGCAGCACUGAGCUGCUGGUACAUAAUGAUGGCCAUGCAUUGAAACAGCACAGAAGAACACUGGAAGACUCCUUUCAUCAUAGAAAUUUGGAUCAGGAGUUGAGAGAUCGGCCGGAUCUGCUAGCUAGGCUUAUUGAAGCUGCCUCAUCGUUUAGAAAGAAGUUUACACCGGAACUCAACCAUGCAUGUUCUAUGGCGUUGAAUGCUGAGCUUUACACGGAACCCUCUCUCUCAGCACCAGAGAGAGUUGCUGCAUUUCAUUCACGGAGUAAAUUCGCGGAGUUGAUCACUGAUGAUAUGUUUGAUAAAAUGUUUGCUGGCAUUGAAACGUCCAUAGGGCUGGAGACGCUCACAAGUGAGCUUUUUCUUUCCAUCAUCGAUACGAUGCCGCUGGAGUUUCCAGGAAAGGACUCCGAACUUUUGUCUACAGAUUUUGGGCGUGCGGUAACUGUUCAGGGUGUUCUGGAGACCAUUCGGCUCAACAGAGAAGUGCUGUAUGACCUUUUACUGCUUACUGUUUUUGUUGAGACUGAAUUGACGCAAGAAGAUGGCGUGCUCUUCGAUGGGACGGAUUUGUUUGCAAACCUGAUUGAGCUACUAAAGGAGUAUGAGAUGAUGGUAUGGCUAGGAUCAAACGUUCGACCGUUGCCUGGAAAUUCAUCUCAUGGAAGCACGAGCAAUGCGAUGUCACCGGUAUUAUCCAAGGAGAAAGGAUCAAAUAAACAAGAGCACAGAUUGUCGACUCUUCUUGAGGACCUCUUUGCUUUCCAUAUCAAACCUCGAUCGACAUUCGGUGUGCCUCAGACAUUUACUCUCACCCAACAAGUUCGCGAUGUUGUGUCCUGGAUCACGAGACAAGGUGAAGUGUCAUUCCCGAAUGUUUUGGUGUUCAUACAAUGUGCCCUUCUGGCAUCGGAUAAUAUCGACUUGGCAUCUGAUUUCUUGCGCUUUCAACCAAACACUGCAUGGUCUACAUAUGUUAAAGGACGGUUUUAUGUAGCCAAGUCUAUGUUUGAUGUUGCCGCUAUUUAUUUCCAGAAAGCAGCAUAUAUUCUCUCACAAGGUAAAGCAGUUGGCAACCUGCAUGAGAUGUCGUCGAAUCUUCUUGAUAUAAUAUCAGUUAACAGCUUCAAUAACGGGCUUCCAAGAUACUUCCAGCACAUACUCUCUCUUUUUGAGAAGGCCAGGGCAUUUGCUCACGUUGCCGAUUUUGCACGUCAUGCUCUUCAAGCUCUUGAAUCUGACCCGAGAAGGAAUGAUCCGGAAUCUGAUUAUAUUUAUAUGCGGACUGACCUGCUUUCACGUCUUUUCCACGCUUCCUUGAAAACCUGUCGGUUUGAUGAAGCCUACUCUGCCCUUUCCCGAUAUACAGAUUCUGCGUUACAAAAGUCGGCCCUCACCUCUUUAAUCACCACUAUCCUUGCGGCAUCGGGACCAGGCACAGCGGGACUCCAGAAGAUCCUCCGUUUCCCUAUUUCACUGCAACCAAACCUCGCAUCUCACAUUGACGAAGUCCUCCUAUCGCUAGCAAAGAAACAAGCAACACACGGUCGAUCACAGGGCCAAUCAUUACCCUCUGCAACUCCUUGGCAAGGCAAGGGCGAUAUCCCAGAUUACCAGCGUGUUCUCCAAGCCUAUCGCAUCGCACGUAAUGACAUUCGCGGAGCUGCAGAGGUAACUUACCAAGCAGUCCAGCGGCUGCGUGAGGCAAGGGAUCGCAGCUUCUACUCCACUCGUACUUUGAAGAUCCGACGAAACGCAUAUGAAGAAGUUGCACCACCGAAGUUCCAGGAGGUGGAUGACGAUGACGUGGAGAGUAAAAAUUUGCGCAAUGAGCUACUAUCUCUGAUAAACCUUCUCGCCUGCAUGGACAAGAGCGAGGCAUACAUCCUCGUUGAGGCUGAGGAUCCAAGCAACAGCUUUCGCCCACGCAGCAGUAGUGUCGUUGGCAAUGCUGGUCCUGUGGAGGACAGCUCGGUGAUUUUGGACUCUAACACCUCAACCAUAUCGCACCGGGCUUCUAUUUCGCUCCCGACUUCUGUCAAGGGGCAUAGCUAUUCGCCUCGCUCAAGUCUUGGCACCGGCGAAAGAAAGUUUAGCACCGGAUCUCAGCAUUCUACAGGGCAACGGCAACAGCUGCCGCAAACCAAGUUUCCCAAGCGUGUCAUUGUUACGUUAGAGGAUCUGCGGAGAGAGUACCAAGCAGAGUUGGAUCGAGUCAGCAGGAUUGAGAAUGGGGAUUGGGAGUUUGGAUUUGUUGCAGGCCCGGAAGAGAAUAUGGAUACCGAUAUGAAUGAUGAUAACGUGAAUAAUACGGAAGCGAUGGAUACUCUCUAA